UGAGUAAAAUAAUAAUUGUUUUGACAAGAACCUUUAAUUGAAAUAAAAUGUAUAUCACAGCUAAGAGAUAUAUAUAUGCAUAGGGUCCAUGAAAUUGAUGCCAAAUCCGAACUCAACUAAAAAUUAAAAAUUUGCUCUCUAUAUCGAUACAUCGAUAAUGCUGUUACCAAUUCUCAAGGCAAAUGAACAGUUCUACUUAAUGGACAAGGAGAGGAAAGCCUACGAUGCGCUUUUACAAACAGUAAAUAAUCGAGCGCAAUGCUCCUCUGCUGCGGAGGUAUGCCUUUAUCAGCGUCAACUGCAGUUCCUGCGCAACAUCGAAAGCCAGACGUCCACAGGGCCAUAUGGCGCGAGCACGGCGGCGCAGCUUGCACAUCUGUUGGCAGAAGAGGCGCUAGCGGAAGGUGGGCAUGGCGAUGACUCAGUUAAUCUUGGCGCAUGGCUGGUCUGGUUGAACGAGCUACUCGUGAACCGUAAACAGCAGCUCGGCGAGACUCAACCGAUUCUUGAGUGGCUACUGCAGCGUGUGGAGCAACAAUGUACAGUGGAGCAGCAAUGUACAGUGGGUGCACUGCGCUGCCUGCUUGCGCUACUGGAAUCACUGCCAGUGGCCGGAGCGCUCAAGUACUUUCCACGCUUCGUAGCCAUUCCAUUGCCACACAGCUUGGAGGCGGCGUUACUUUUGGUUCUCUGCCAAGAUAGGCUGUUCAGCACAUUUUGUACGCCAAAUGCCGAACUGCAAGCGAAAGAGUUGCAGCAGAGCAGCCAACUGGCCAAUUCACUGGUGCAGAUGCUCUACGAUGGAUGCUGGGCAGCGAUGGCAACAGUCGACACGCAUACGCAGCAGGAGGAAGAGCGGCUCACAAUGCUACUGGUGCACUCACUGCAGCUACUGCAGAAGAUAGCAACCCACCAUGCGGACUAUGCCAUACAGUAUGCGCCGGAACUGUUAGGUCUUGCUCUGGCCAACGUCCGAUACAGAGUUGGUGGGGAGAAUGUAAAGACAAUAUAUCAAUUGCCCCAUCGAGUGCAUCCGGCCCAGCAAUCGGCAAUCUAUGGACCUGACGAUGUGGACGUGGAAUCGACUGCUGGUAAUCAGAACACAGCUACAGCAGCUGCCGGCAGACGUGUAAAGUCGCGCAAGAUGCGUUCGCUGACCAAGCAACGUAACAAUGGCAGCCUACAGGAAGGCAAAACCAGCAGCAGCAGCAUCGCAACAGGACAUGGAAAUCGGAUGCAGCUAAUAGUGCUAGAAAACAGUGAUUAUGGCUACCGUACACCGAGCGGUGACUCCGAGGGUGGCUGCACGCCCACCUCAGAUGGCGCCGGACAACAGGUGGUGGGCCUGAAGCAGCAGCGCCAGCGUCAAGUGAAGCUACGCAUCGCAGCUCUGCUACUGAUGGGCGCGGUGACCAAGCAACUUCCCCGACGCACACUCUAUGGCUACUGGCACGUGCUCUUUCCGAGUGGCGGCGAUGGCGCAGCUGGCGCACGGGAGAACAAAGAUCACCUGCUGUACAUUGGUGCCAGUGAUGGCAACGUGCGCUGCCGAGCGCUGGCGCUGCAGCUGGCAGCACAACUGCUGUACGGCUCCAAGCCGUAUCUUAGCCAGGCAAGCUGCGCCCUGGCGCCUACCAACUACACACCGUUCGCGAUGAGCCUGGCCAACAGCGUCAUGGAGGCGUAUCGCCAGCUAGCAAGCAUAUUGGAGCGUGAAUAUGUGACGCCGGUGCUGACGCAGUGCCUCAAGUGUCUGGCGGUCCUUGUGCAAGCGACUUCUUUCGAGCAGCUACAAAUGGGCAUCGUCUAUGAGUUUGUGCCCCACGUAAAAAUGUUAACGCGUCAUGUGGACACCAGCGUUAAGGUGUCCGCAUUGCUGGUCAUGGAAAUGCUUGUGGCAACGCCACGCCUAACCCAGGAAAUGGCCUGUGCUGUGGGUCUGCCUCUGAAGGAGCGUCGCAAUGUCAACACGUUGCACACAUCGCCGCGUCAUAAUGCUCACCAGGAUCAGGUGCAUCAAUUUCAAUUGCUUUACGACUCCGACGAAGAGGAGGUGGAGAAUGAGCAGGAAGAGAAGGAGGCAGCACAGGAGGCGGAGGAGGAAGAGGACAGCUCGCCUGUGGUGGCAAAACCAGCAGCUGAGCAAACGCGCAUUGCUUUGCCUUCGGGCCGCAUUCCCCGCAACUCGUGGCUGUUGCGACUGGUGCUGCGCUAUCUGGACUGUCCGACGAGCGCGUCGCCACUGCGUGUCGAAUGUCUGCAGGUACUGCUGGCCAUGACCACACAUUUUGGCCUGUUGCGUGAACAUCUAGCGCGUCUGGCCGAUGUGCUGUGCAAUGCCUUGCAGGAUAGCUCGUGGGAUGUACGUCUUUAUGCGGCACGCACCUUGGACGCCAUUGGCUUCCAAAUGGCGCGCCUUGCCUUGGAGCAAACGGAGCCCAGGCCCGAAUUACAGCAGCAGCACUUGAACUUUUGGUUACGCAUGCUGCCUGCGAUAUAUAACGCCUACUCUAAUGCCGAGACGGCCACCCUGCGAUGCUCCUUAUGCGAUGCGCUGUCUAACAUGGGUGGCUACAGCUUCGAGCGCUUGCCCCAGGCGCAGCGUACUGGACUACUGGCCUUCCUAUUGGGCUGCAGCAGCGACGAUGCCGCGGAUAGUCUGGUGCGAGCAGCGGCUGUGCGGGCGCUAGCCGUUUAUGUGCUGCAUCCGACGAUGCGGGAUGAUCUGGUAUUUGUAGAGCAUGCAGCAGAGCUAGCGUUGCUCCUCGUUGGCGACGCUCAGCUAGCCGUACGGAUCAAGGCUGCCUGGGCGCUGGGCAACAUAAGCGAUGCACUUGUAACGCCGGAACAGGAAGCACAUGAGAAGGAACGCAUCUCGCAGGUACUGCUUGGACGCCUAAUCGAAGCCGCUGUCCUUGCAUGCGGCGACCAUGACAAGGUGCGCGCCAAUGGUGUUCGCGCUUUGGGCAAUCUCUUGCGUCUGCUGUCCGGCGAAGAGCACGCACUCAUGCAGCGGGCCAUGGGCAGGCUGCUUGAUUGUGUGCGCGCUGCAGGUAGCGCCAAAGUCAAGUGGAAUGCCUGCUAUGCCAUUGGCAACCUGGUCCGCAAUCGUGCAAUGUUCGCCACAAGCGCCAGCUUGGCGGGCACACUGUUCGCAGCGCUCAGCCAGCUGAUUGUGCAGCACGCGAACUUUAAGGUGCGCAUCAAUGCCACUGCCGUGCUGCUACAGAUCGAACACAGAGCGGACAUGGGCGCGCACUAUGCUACCAUGUGGCGCUCGUUAUUGGCGGCCAUUGAACGCUCCAAUGCAUUGGACACCUUCGAGGAGUAUAACCAUCGUGACGGACUCCAGCAGCAGCUCUGCCUAGCCAUGGCCCAUAUGAUGGAACGUGCGCGUGCCGACGAUCUGUCGCCCUGUCGCGAUGCCCUCGAAUCACAUCUGGAUGUGGUCAGCAGCACCUGGCGGCGCGUUGCCUAUCGCAUUGUGCCCGAGCAGGCGACACCGCUCUUCACCUGCAGUUCAUUGCUGCAGAAGCGCCUGGGUGCCGCUGCCCUCACAGCCGACCAGCGAAGCGCACUCACGUUCAUCACUGGCGCCCUGCGCCUGCAGGGCUAACUCCACUACCAAUUAAUUGUAUUACCAAUGCAUGACUUUUUUACGUAACAUAAAUAACAAAUCAUUUUUCACCAAUAAACUUAAUGCAAGCAAAU